UAAUUGAAAACGACGUUAAAAACAUAAAAACAAGAGAGUAAAUUGCAAACCAUUGAACUAAACAGUGAGAAACCCUAGCCUCUAAUCCUCCGUUCUCCGUCUCUUCUUCUCUGUUCUUUUUGCCGCCGGUUCUGCUCUCUCCCAGUCGCCUCCUGUCUUGUUCUGCUGCUGUGUCUGCUGCUGUGUCUUCGUGGUUUUCUAUAGUUUUGCUGCGCUGUCUUGCUCUAGUUCUUGCCUCCGCUGUCUUUGUCCGCUUUUGGUUCGCUGGAUGCGCUCUUGGUAGAUCUCCGGAGGUGCGACUGUUCCGGUUUUAAAAACAAUGAGGGCUGCCGCUUCUCAGAGAUGGGGCUACUUUCGAAUCAUUGCUGGUACAAUCAUAGGAGGCGUCAUCGGAUUCUAUUUUAUGCACCGCAUGGAAAAUAAUUAUAAGGAGAAGAUGAAUGAAAGAUUGAGAAAUUAUGAAGCUGAAUUGAAGAGGAAGAAGCAGGAGAGAUUGGAUGAAUUUGACGAAUCAUCAUAGUCUUCAACUCAUUGGGCUGUCUGCAACGUUUCCCUAUGAUUUACUCAUCGUGGAAGUUGUUUCUCAGCUUGAUCAAAGUGCAUAAACAAUGAGCAAUGGCUUUACAUCAUUGAAUUCGGUGCUUCAAUAAACCUAAGCUUGUAGGGUUUUAUAAGACACCUUCAAAGUUGAGUUAUGAAAACGUUUUGCUUCUUUGAAACAACAUCCACUAGACCAAUCAACCUGAGCUUUAUUCUGAAAUGAGUGUGAUCUUUCAGUACGCUUCGAGCUGAAUGGUGAUCACUACCUUAUUGAUACAUUUAUUAAUAUAAAAAUGAUAUCUAGUUUGUUGCGUAAAUAAACCUAACUUUUGGGUGAAAUUAGAAAGC